AUGGGUGCUGGUGAGAGACUGAAAAGUCUCAAAAACCAGCACAAUCUCCCCUUUAUUUGCAUUCAAGAACCAAAGAGGAUAGCCAAGCACAUCACCAAGUACAUGAUGAAGCUUGGCUACCAACACUCACACAAUAACCUUAACAAUAAAAUCUGGCUGUUUUGGGAUACAACCCUUACUGUACAUAUUGUUGAUAAUGCACAACAGCAUAUUACUUGCCAUAUUUCUUGUGCUCACUCAGGCACUAAUUUCUAUCUUACCUGUGUGUAUGCUGAAUGCACCAUUGCUCUCAGGAGGCCCCUCUGGGAGGAACUUCAAGCACUGUUUACCAGGCUGAAGAGACCAUGGGGUGUCAUAGGUGAUUUCAAUGUGAUCACCAGUCCUGAAGAAAAGCAAGGGGGUGCCUGCUACAAUAUGCAAAAGAGUGUAGACUUUCUAGAAUGCUUAACACAAUGUGGUUUAAUUGAUGCAGGUUUUCAAGGGGCCCAGUACACUUGGUGCAACAAUUGGGGGCACCCAAGAACAAUCUGGAAAAGACUAGACAGAUUGCUUUUUAAUGAAGAAUGGCUAGACCUCUUAAAUGACACCAAAGUCACACACCUGUCAAAAACAGGCUCAGACCAUGCCCCUCUACUGGUCAAUAUAGAGAAAAUGAGGAUUGACACUGUGAAAUACUUCAAAUUUCUAAAUGUUUGGUGCAACCAUAAGGACUUCAUGGGCAUAGUCAAAGAAGCUUGGACCACCAAUACACAGGGCACAGCCAUGUGGAAACUGCACAAGGCCUAUGGAGAUAUAUUCAGGGAUGCCAAAGAGGCUGAGAAAAGGGUCAAUGAACUGGAAAAGAAGCUGACUGAAAACAAUAAUGUGGAAAACAGAGCAAAUCUCAACAAGACAAAAGCUGAGUUCAUCAGAUUGUUAAAAAAUCAAGAUGAGAUCAAUAGGCAGAAGGCCAAGGCUAGAUGGUUACAAGAUGGGGAUAAAAAUACCUCCUACUUUCACAAGGUGAUCAAAUACAGAAGAAGGAAGUUAAAUAUCCAAAGUAUACAAGACAAUGAAGGACAUACAAUUGAAGGACAUCAAAGCACUGCUACAACAACCAUCAAACACUUUGAAGACCUGUUUGGUUACCAGGAAAUCAAAGGAAAUUUUAGCAUUUUGGACAUAGUUCCUAAGUUAGUUACAGAUGAGAUGAAUGCAAUGCUAACAACCAUUCCAACCAUCCAGGAAAUAAGACAAGCUAUAAAAAGCAUUGACCCUGAUAGUUCCCCUGGCCCAGAUGGGUUUGGAGCAAAGUUUUUCCAAGUAUGUAUAGACAUCAUCCUACCUGAAGUAUAUGGAGCAAUUAAAGAAUUUUUUGAAGAUGCACCAGUACCAAGAGGCUUUAGGCAGGGUGACCCCUUGUCACCUGCACUCUUUAUCAUAUGUGCAGAAUUGAUUUCGAGAAUGCUUAACAAUCUUGUUCUAGAUGAGAACUUUACAGGUUAUUACAGACCCAAGAAAGGCUCCACUAUCACCCACUUGGCCUUUGCAGAUGAUAUCAUACUGUUCCCUUCAGGUAAGCCAGCUGAUAUUAGAAAAAUCUUGAAGAUACUGACUGUGUAUAAAAAUGUGUCAGGACAGAUGAUCAACAAACACAAAAGCUGUGUGGCCUUCUCCCCUAAAGCCAAUAUGAAUCUGAAGGAUAGAGUAACAACCCUCACAGGGAUGACCAAAAAAGAAUGGCCUAUUAAAUAUCUUGGCUGCCCCCUAUUUGUUGGAAGAAUGAAGAUAAACUAUUUCUCUGAAAUGGUCCAGUCCAUCACAAGAAGGAUGCAUAGUUGGCAUUCGAAAUUCCUAUCCAUGGGGGGUAAGAUCAUCCUUAUCAAACAUGUCUUGUUGGCAAUGCAUGUUCACCUACUGGCUGCCAUGAAGCCUCCUAAAGCCACCUUUGAACAAAUUGAGGCUGCAAUAGCCAGAUUCCUUUGGAACAGCAAUGAGAAUGAAAAAAAAUAUCACUGGGCAAAAUGGGAAAGCAUGUGUCUACCCUAUGAAGAAGGAUGGGUAGGCUGUAGAUGCUUGAGAGAUAUGAGCAAAGCCUUCAUGGCCAAACAAUGGUGGAAUCUAAGAACCAAAGAAUCUCUAUGGAAAGACUACAUAAUGGCAAAAUACUGCUGCAGGUCCAAUCCAGUCAUCAGAAAGGUCACAGGGGUGCAAUCACAAAACUGGAGAGCCAUGUGCAUGAUCAGAACUCAAAUGGAGGACAACAUCAUUUGGCAAAUAGGACAGGGACAUGUGUCUUUCUGGUAUGACAAUUGGACUGGUGAGGGUGCACUAGCAGGGCAUAGUGUACCUUGGGCAGUGAAGGUGGCUAUCCAAAAUAUGACAGUUAACUUCACUCUUGAUACGGAAGACAAAGAUAUAUGGACCCCAAAUCUAGAAGGCAGUUUCUCUAUCUCCUCAGCUUGGAAUUUGCUAAGGAAAAAAGUUGUAGGAGAUUGGCAUGACAAAAGAACCUGGAACAAGAAUAUUACUCUCAAAAUUAAUUUCCACUUCUGGAGGGUGGUCAAAAAUAGACUAUCCACAAAUGACAAUAUUGGUAGAUUCAAAAUACAUGGCCCAUCAAUAUGUUGUUGCUGCCCAGUUCACAGGAUAGAGACAGUAGAACACCUAUUUGGCCAAAGCAAAUUGGCUCAAGACCUAUGGACAACAAUAUGUCAACCACUAGGCAUCAAAGUUCACGGAAUCCCACUGAGGCAAAUUAUGGUAAACUGCUGGACAAUGCAGGCUAAGAACCCAGUAACUAAACUAGUCAGAGGUAUGUUGCCUCAGAUGAUCUGCUGGGAAAUAUGGAAGGCAAGAUGCAACACCAGGUUCAGCCUCAUAAAAUUCAAUUUCAGCCAAUCUAUGAAUAAUAUUACCUCCCACCUUAUGCAGAUCAUUACAACUCAUUUUCCUCUGGUUAGCAAGUUCACAGAUUGGUACACUUUGUGCACCAGACUAAAUAGCAAAUCCACAAUGAUGAAAUACCAAAAGGUAAAAUGGUACCCACCCCCUCCUAAUUUUAUCAAACUAAAUAGUGAUGGAAGCUGUAAAGGAGAUGAUUGUGGGGGAGGAGGGAUCAUAAGAACAGACAAAGGACUUCUAUUAGCUGCAUACACUGUUAACUUGGGCAAGGGAACAAGCAACUGGGUUGAAGCCAAAGCACUGCAGUUUGGCUAUUCAAAGGAAAAAGAAAUCCCUUGGAACAUUAGUCCAAUAGUGAACUGGACACAGAGAAUGGUAAACCAGAACCAGAUACAAACACAACAUUGGCUAAGAGAGGCAAAUCAAGUGGCAGACAAGCUUGCCCAACUGAGCCAUCAUACUAAUGAUAGCAGGGUCUUCAACAACUUUCAGGAGUUGCCUAAGUCUGUGGGAGGCAUCAUCAAUAUAGACAGAUGGGGACUGCCAAGCAUUAGAAGUAGACCUCAAAACAAUGCUCAUUUCUUUUUUCACCCUCCAUGA